AUCAAGUUACUCAAAUUGAGGGGAGUGCAGGGCUCUGUCUGACACGCUGCAUCCCAGAAGUCGUCAGAACUGUCAUUUGGUGGUGUUCGUUAAAUCCAUUUAGUCUUUAUGCGAUGGUGCGUCCAAUCCUUGUUGUUUGGAGAUAUGACUGACUCAUUUUGACAUCGGUGCGAGUUUAAGGCACUAGACAUAUAUCUCUAAACUUAUGAAACGGAAGCAUGUGUUGAAUGAUCGUCUGCAAAACAAGCGUGUGCACCGUAAUCGUGUGAAAGGUGCUAUGGCGGAAAACAUUCAGGUGGCUCGAAGUUCCAAUCGGAGACGCCCAUUUUGGCUGAAUUUCAAAAUUGUCAAAUGCAUGUGAGAUAUAAACCUUAAACACACUUUUCAAGGGAAAUUUUUUUUUGACACCCUAAAAGUAGGUCACAUAACAUGAGCUAAAAAUGAAAAUCUUUGAGACCUUUGACUGAGUUUCUCAUUUCAAAAACAAGUUUUGGACACCCUGGUACAUAUUAAAUAACAAACACUUCAAGUCACAUUUUGCAACAGAAAAUUUAUUCAAAUCAACAAAUAAAACUACCGUAACUGCCAAAUAAAAGUACCGUAUUUUCAGACUAUAAGCUGCUACUUUUUUAUUGCCUUUCUACCCUGCGGCUUUUAUAAGGAAGUCACAUGUCUUUAAGGAAUUCAAACAGACAGAAGCCCGUUACGCUAACGUCUAACGCUGCAAGUGAAUGUGAUGGAGUCAUAUAAUAGUGGAAUGGCUACUGGUAGCCAGGCCACAGGCAUUUCGAGUAUAGCAUUAGUCGAUGCUCAUAGUGUGGUGCCAGGAAAGUCGCCAUUACCACCUGUGACAGCGGCUCUGACCUUGUCGAAGUGGCUGAGUGGAUGGGACACGGACUGCAUCUAGCAAUCAGUUUCAGCAAAUAUAUUGAUCCAGAGCUGCAGGAGUUAGAGUCUCCUGCCGUUAAAGAAGAAGUUGAACACCCGCAAAUGAAAAAGGAAGAGUCGGACGACCCUCAACAGCAAAAGAGAGAAGAGCAACUUCCAAUUGAAAUGGAGCUGCCAGACGUUAAAGAGGAGGACGAUAUCAGGACUGGUGAGCCCUUGAAGAGUGAAGCAGUUCUGAGUGAGACCAACAGAGGAGCGGAGCCUCCAAACAGCGAAGAUGCCACGUCACACUUGGCUUACAGUGAUGAUGGUCUUAAGAAAGCUUACAGUGACGACAAACGCAAAUGCUCUCAGUGUGGGAAAACCUUUAGUAAUAAGUAUAUUUGUCUUAGGCAUAUGAGAAGCCACACUGGAGAAAAACCUUUUUCCUGCUCAGUUUGUGGUAAAGGGUUCACUCUAAAGCAUCACCUAAAAGCACACGCAAGGUGCCAUACCGGAGAAAAAACUUUUUCCUGCUCAGUUUGUGGUCAAGGGUUCACUCUUGGGCAAAACUUAAAAACACACACCAGAACCCACACUGGUGAAAAACCUUUUUCCUGCUCAAUUUGUGCUCAAAGAUUCAGUCGUAAGAGCGCCUUAAAAACACACACCAGAACCCACACUGGUGAGAAACCUUUUUCCUGUUCAGUUUGUGGUCAAGGGUUUACUCUAAAGCAACAGUUAAAUGUACACACAAGAUCACACACUGGUUUCAGAAAAUAUCUUGAUACUGAGGGGCAGGAGCCAGAAUUUCCUGGCGUUAAAGAGGAUGUUGAGCUCCCCCAAAUUAAUGAGGAGAAGCCAGAGCACUGUCAAAAGGAGAGAGAAGGGCAACUUUCAGUCAAGGAGGAAGAGGAGCUGCCAUACGUUAAAGAGGAGGAAGAGGAGUAUAUCACCAGGUCGACUGGUGAGCCCUUGAAGAGUGAAGAUGGUCUGAGUGAUCCCAACAGAUGGGCAGAGCCUCCAAGCAGCGGCAGCAGCUCAACAGAAGGAUUGCAAGCGGGCAGCUUCAUCACUCCACCAUCAGAUAGCGAAGAUGCCACGUCACUCUCGCCUUACAGUGAUGAAGAAGGUUAUAACAAAGAUCACAGUGACGACAAACUCUGCAAAUGCUCUCAGUGUGGGAAAACCUUUGCAAAUAAGUAUAUUUGUCGUACCCAUAUGAGGAGCCACACUGGUGAAAAACCUUUUGUCUGCUCAGUUUGUGCUCAAAGUUUCAGUCGGAAGAGCGGCUUAAAAAUCCACAGAAGAACACACACUGGAGAAAAACCUUUUUCCUGCUCAGUUUGUGACCAAAGAUUCAGUUGCAAAAGGAACUUAAACAUACACACAAGAACCCACACUGGUGAGAAACCUUUUGCCUGCUCAGUUUGUGGUCAAGGAUUCGCUCAAAAAGAAACCUUAAAACGACACACAAGAACCCACACUGGCGAAAAACCUUUUCCCUGCUCAGUUUGUGGCCGAAGAUUUGGUCGCAACAGCCUGUUAAAAAGACACACAAGGACGCACACUGGCGAAAAACCUUUUUCCUGCUCAGAUUGUGGUCAAGUAUUUGCUCAAAAGCAACAUUUGAAAAUACACACAAGAACCCACACUGGCGACAAACCCUUUUCUUGCUCAGUUUGUGGCCAAAGAUUCAGUAGCAAGAGCGCCCUAAAAAUACACACAAGAACCCACACUGGUGAAAAACCUUUUUCCUGCUUGGCUUGUGGCCAAAGAUUCACUCAAAAGCAACAUUUGAAGAGACACACAAGAACCCACACUGGCGAAAACCUUUUUUCCUGCUCAGUUUCUAGUCAAGCAUUCUCUCAGCAGGAUCUGAUUAAGAGACAUAUGUGUGUUGGUGAGAGAAGCAGUGGCCAGUGACUGUUCUGACUGUCAUCCAUGCUGCCUUCAUCAGAUUGUGCACUCAAGACGAUUGUAUUCUGUAGAGUAGGCAUGUUCCGGUAUGAUAUUUGUUUAAAUGAUAUUUGUAUAAACCAAAAUAUCACAAUAUCACAGUAUUGCAAUCAACAUCAUUGCAAACAUUUUUUCAAUUGAACAGGACUUUUAUUUUUCGAAACAUAUUAGCAAAUUGGAACAUUAGUAUAAUGUUAAGUUAAAUAAAGAAAGAAAAAAAAACAAAGUUCCUUAGGCGAGCGUAAACCCACAGCCACAGCUCAACAUUAUUACCAUCAGAACAAAAAUAAUUGAAUUAUUUUCCAGAAACAGCACGUGUGUAUGACUCGGAUCAUGUUUACUUUAUACACACACUCUCCUUCUUAACACAGUUGCCAGGGAGAGAACCUGGCCAGGGAACAACCAAUAAACACCUUGGAGUUAAUUUUUAGCUAGUGGGAAACGAACAUGGCAGCCUUUACUCACCUUUAUUUUUUUAUAAAUGCAAAAUCAUAUUGGAGGUAUUGCCUACUCAGCAGCCUACCUCCGCAAACAUGUUUUAGAUGUCGGUUGGCCCUUCUUCCCUAACCCGUGGCCAUCUGUAACUUUUCUGUAGACGAAGUGUUCCCAUUACAGCGAUUUCGUUUUCUUCGGCGGUUGAAAAAAGUUCAGGAGUUUCCACUCCUCCAGCCAUUGUGUAGCAGAGCUGACUCACUGACACUGAGCAACAGCCUUUAGGGCCUAACCAUUAGUCAGGUUUCUGGGCUGUCGCUGAGAAACACAGAGUUUGAGCUCCCUCCAAGGUUCCAUCUCUUCAUGCUUCACAGUAGUGAUGGUGUUCUGUAGAUAGUACUCAUCAUUCUUCUUCCAAACACGGUUAGUGGAAUUAUGACCAAAAAGUUACUCUCAUUUACUCUCUCUUUACUCUCAUCUGACUACAAAACCUGCUCCCAUGAGUCCUGUGCAUCAUCCAAAUGGUCAUAGGCAAAUUUAAGACAGGCCUUGACAUGUGCUGGUUUAAGCAGGGGAACCUUUUGUGCCAUGCAUGAUUUCAAACCAUGGCGUCUAGUGUAUUACCAACAAUAACCGUGGAAACGGUAGUCCCAGCUCUUUUCAGGUCAUUGACCAAAACCUGUCGUGUGGUUCUGGGCUGAUUCCUCACCUUUCUUAGAAUCACUUAGAUACCACGAGGUGAUAUCUUACAUUGGGCUCCACUCCGAUUGAGAUUGAUCGUCAUGUUUAGCUUCUUCCAUUUUCUAAUGAUUGCUCCAACAGUGGAUCUUUUUUCACCAAGCUGCUUGGCAAUUGCUCUGUAGCCCUUUCCAGCCUUGUGGAGGUGAACAAUUUUGUCUCUGGUGUCUUUGGAUAGCUCUUUGCUCUUGACCAUGUUCCAAAUUUGAGUCUUACUGAUUGUAUGGGGUGGACAGGUGUCUUUAUGCUGCAAUCGACCUAAAACAAGUGCAUUUGUUUCAGGACAAUACAUGGAGUGAAGGUGGACUUUUAAUAGGUGAACUAACAGGUCUUUCAGGUUCAGAAUUCUCGCUAAUAGACAGGUGUUUAAGUACUUAUUUGCAGCUGUAUCACACAAAUAAAUUGUUCAAAAAUCCUGCAUUGUGAUAUCUGGAAUUUUCUUUUCAGAUUCUCUCUCCCACAGUGGAUAUGCACCUACAAUGAACAUUUCAGACCCCUCCAUUAUUUCUAAGUGGCAGAACUUGCAAAAUUGCUGGGUGUUCAAAUACUUAUUUUCUUCACUGUACAUAUAAACAAAUCGUACGUCUUUCUUUUUUAUCGCAGAUAUUGAUCGCAAUAAAACUUUGGGACAACAUGAUGCCAUUUCAUGUUUUGUUUAAAACGAUUGGUGUAUGUGCAAAACAUUAAUCACAAUGUAUAAAAUUAUUAGUCUAAUUAAUACAUCUACAUCAAUGCUACCUCUUAAAGUCACGUUACAAUGACUGUAGUUUUCAGCCAGGAGAACGUGUCGUCAGGUGGUCUCCAACCUUCAUUGGGCGUUUCGACCCUGAACCACGACGCCCUCCGAUUGGGGGGCCGGCAAUGAUGGUCAGUCACUGCCCACCUUCUCCUGGGCCCUAGUUUAACUCCCCCAUCCUAUUCUAAUGCCAACAAGAUGCUCUUACUGCAGCCUCCCCCAACCUACGGACCGCUGCCCUCCUCUCACGUCCUGCAAUUCCUAGGGCAGUAAGUGUCUUCCAUACUGACUGUGCUGGGAAACCUCUGCACCCAACCUCCAUCGGAAAGAGCCAAGCUUGCCAUCCUUUCCCCUUACAUUGAAGGAACAUUGAAGAACAACCUGGGGGAAGAGUAGCUUCCUUCGCAGGUUCACCCUCAUCUCCCACGACUGUGCCGCUUGCAGGAGGCUCAUCUUGAUUGUCAUGAAGGCUGGUGGUUUCUCCGCACCAUGAUUCCUCUCUCUCCACAUAGCUCUUUCUGCUGGAACCGGUACACAGCUUAUGGCCAGUUUAUGCGCUGGGAGUACGAGUUCCUGGGGCGGAGGAUCAGGGUUCCUCUACCAGCCUGUGUGGUUAAUAAGCUCAGGACAACCUUCCCAUCACCAAACUUUGUUGGAUUCCAACUUUCAAAUCCUCCCUAACACUGCAACAGUUUAAUAAAAUAUUUUAGUUGUUUCCUUGUACAGUAUUUUUGCAAGAUUUUCUUUGUAUAAGUAUUGAUAACAGCCUGAGUGGUUGGUGCAGGUUAAGUCUUAUUACAUAUUAUUUCCUAACUGCCAUACAAAUGAUAUUUCCAUGACAUAAGUAUUGUGCUGAAUGGAAUAUGGAAACAUGAUAAAUGCAAGGACGUUACAAAAUACUCAUUGCUGACAAGUUAAUACAAAUAAAAAACUGAAUUGCUACUGUAUCAAGUUCAAGACAAAGAUGUAGCAACAUACACAAUAUGUUUUUACUCACAAGAAUUCAACUGUGCCAUUAUAUUGUAUAAAUACUAACAUAUUUACAAAGGCUUUGAACCGAAUAUACCCUUUAAAAAAAAAAAAAAAAAAAGUAGCUCACAUACUAAUUUUUGGAAAGAUCACGACGUAAGAACCGGCGAACACAACUAUACAAAAUUAAAGGUUCUUGAACAAGCUCAUUCGUAGCACAUUAAAAAGUGUGACAUGGUCCCGGACCCGCCUGUUCUUCGUCAGGUCGCUGACAGCUGCUGCCUAGGGGUAACCUCCCAGCCUCGGGCACAGCCGGUAUCGCCUCCCAUUCAUCCGCCUCUACGUCACUGAUGUCCUGCACCAGCCUCUCCACCGCCGACAUCAGCUCGCCAACAUAAUCUGAUAACGGGGGAAGCAAACAUUACUAAAAAAUUCACCAACUGCGUACCAAAUGCACAGAGAUAAUUCCACAUCAAAUCCAUUCUAUCUUGCAAACAUCAAUUAAGCAAAAAUGGGACAAAUUUUAAAAAUACAAUGAACGGUUAACACUGUAUCCUGUAAUAAAGUAUCCAAAGGUUUAUACAUUACGAUGACAUACAAAAGAUUACACCAAGGAGUACAAUUGACAAGAUUAGUACCAAAUGCGGGGUUCUCCUAAAUUUUGCACACAAUAUGGCCGCCUUGUUUUGACUUUGGGAAGUGGAUGCUAUAAAUCCCCACUCCGUCUCUGGUUAAGCUGUGGGCUCGAUGGGCGUUUUUAUUGAAGUGAAGAACAGCCACAAUUGUCCUAAAAAACAUGGGUGGAAUAGUAUUUCCAUAUUAAUAUUCAUAUUGAAAAUGUCUUUCAAUCUAUCUGAUUUUUAUUGUGACCACAAAAAACAAAGACACAAGAUAAUAUACUGGAUAAAUCAGUGGAUACUGGUCACAAUAUUACCUGCUGAGCAUCUCCUCGUAAGAAAAGGUGAACAUUUUGGGUGUAAAAUGGUUCACUGGACUGUGAAGGCUUCCAAGUGGGAAGUUUGGUAGACCAGAGACCGCUGGUGGACGUCGGCCAACAGUUUGGAGCCACAGAUCAGCUUCUCUAGCUCACGGUUCAACUUACAGGCAUGCAAACUUGCCACCUUUCGGUGAAAUUUCGCCGUUUUGAAAUCAAAAUGGGUCAUUCUUCUGAAUCACGUAGA